AUGUAUACUGGGUGUUGCAGCAAGAGUGGAGGUCUCUUUGCACAGACAUUGGAUGAAGGAGGCCCUGGCUCUACUACGAACCACAACAAUCUCGAUCCUCCAGACACAUCUAUGUCUGAUGCAGACAUUGAAGGUGGCAGUGAUGGAUCGGGCGAUGUUGAUAUUGCCGAUACUCUUGCCGACUCGAAAUCAAACGCCGCAACUUGGAAUCGCGCCCCUUAA